AUGGCUUCUCCAUCCACUACGAAAUCAACACCUGCCGUCGCCAGUAGUUCCUCUUCACUUCACCCUCGCCUCACCUUUCGCGAUUGGCUACGUUUCGCCCUCUUUCUGUUCAUUCCCCUCUACGCCCGAUUUUACAUCUCGCCCUCGCUCUCUUCGCUCUUAGGCCACAUCUACGUCAUCGGCACGACUGGCAUUUCCAUCGUCCAUUUCCGUGGCGAUGUCGUGGGUCUCAGUCACGUUGCUGAUGUCGCUUACGGUGUCGCGAUAUCUAGCGCUCCUCGCUUGGGUAGAUUGUAUUCAUACACUGCGCGGAUGAUACCGAAUAUUGAGGGUUGGCGUGGUGAGGUGCUUGACUGGGCUUUUAUAGCGAGGUCGGUGAUGUAUAUCCUGCCGGAGAUGUAUGGGAAAGAUGUGAAGAAACUCAACGAGGAGUACAAACAUGCCUAUCCAGGGUUUCCUGUCUGCGUUUUAUCCUGUUGUGUACCUAUCGUAUGGUGUUGCUUCGGGGGAAGAGGAUAUUCAUGGUAUAACCUUUUCUUUACCUGGAGCGUUUUGAGCCACUUUUUCGAAGAUGUAUACCUGAUAUGUCUAAAUUAUCGCUCUCUUUGCAGAUCUGGAAAAACUGUACGAGAGGAUUCGUGGCCGCAUAAGGAUGCGACCAAGAAAUCAGGGCGUUGGAUGAAUGGACAUGGGAGAGAACUUACUCUUGGAGAAGUGAUUCAGUGGCACUCGACUGGCAGCAUAACACCAAAAACUUGA